AUGGACAUUUCCGAUCUUAUCGAGCCCCCGCAGAAGCGCCUCAAGACUGAGGAUAUCUCCAGCGCAGACGAGGUUGUUCUUCCCGCUGGCGGAAUCACGCCGCAGACCGACAACGAAAUCGACGAGCAGUUAUCGAAGGAGAUUGAAGUUGGCAUCACUGAGUUUGUCAGCGCUGAUAAUGAGGGUUUCGCGGGGAUUUUGAAGAAAAGAUACACAGAUUUCCUUGUGAACGAGAUCCUGCCCUCGGGGAAAGUUCUGCAUCUGACGAAUACCACUGCACCUAAUACCAAUGAUGAGGCGACUCCAGUCCAGGCAGAUAAGAAGCCGGCCGAAGAUAAGCCAAAAGAGCCCGAAACUCCCGCAGAGAAGUUGCCUGCUCCAGUUGAGUUUCAAUUAGCGGAGGAAGAUGAGGCGCUUCUGGACACUUUAUUCGGCACCCAAAACACCAAGAAAAUUGUCGCCCUCCAUAAGAAGGCACUGGCAAAUCCAAAGACUAAGCCAAGCGAUCUGGGACGAUUGAACACAGUCGUUGUCAACGACCGCGAUCAGCGCAUCAAAAUGCACCAGGCAAUUCGUCGCAUCUUCAAUUCGCAGAUUGAAUCUUCAACAGACAGUGAAGGAAUGAUGGUUAUCUCAGUCGCUGCCAACCGCAACAAGAAGAAUCCACAGGGAGGUGGAGGCGGGCGUGAGAGGCCGCGCGUGAAUUGGGACGAACUGGGCGGACAGUAUCUGCACUUUACUAUUUACAAGGAGAACAAGGACACCAUGGAGGUCAUCUCGUUCAUCGCCCGCCAACUGAAGAUGAAUCCGAAGAGCUUCCAGUUCGCGGGGACCAAAGAUCGCCGCGGAGUAACCGUGCAGAGGGCAUGCGCUUAUCGCUUGCAAGCCGAUCGCCUCGCGAAGCUCAAUCGAACGCUCCGCAAUGCCGUCGUUGGCGACUUCGAAUACCAACCUCACGGCCUCGAGCUCGGCGACCUCUAUGGGAACGAGUUCGUCGUGACUCUCCGCGAGUGCGAGGUUCCUGGCAUCAACAUCCAAGACCCCGCAUCAGCCGUAGCCAAGACAAAGGAGCUCGUCAACACUUCACUCAAGAACCUCUACCAAAGAGGUUACUUCAACUACUACGGCCUACAACGUUUCGGCUCUUUCGCAACCCGCACUGACACAGUGGGCGUGAAGAUACUGCAGGACGACUUCAAGGGCGCCUGCGACGCUAUCCUCGACUACAGCCCACACAUCCUCGCCGCGGCACAAGCAGAAUUAGGCCAGGGCGAAGGCGAAGGCGCCACACCUACCAACAUCAGCUCUGAAGAUAAAGCACGCGCCCUCGCAAUCCACAUCUUCCGAACAACUGACCGCGUCACGGACGCUCUCGAAAAAAUGCCUCGCAAGUUCUCCGCAGAAUCGAACAUCAUUCGCCACCUCGGCCGGUCAAAGAACGAUUACCUUGGCGCCCUGCAGACCAUUCCCCGUAAUCUCCGCCUCAUGUAUGUCCACGCCUACCAGUCCCUCGUCUGGAACCUUGCUGUUGGCGAGCGCUGGCGCCUGUACGGCGACCGCGUUGUAGAAGGCGAUCUUGUCCUCAUCCACGAACACCGCGACAAAGACGGCAACUCUUCCUAUACCACACCCGCCCCCGGUGCAGGAGCUAGCGGCGAAACCACUACAAUUGACGCAGACGGCGAAAUCAUUAUCGUCCCGCAAGAACACGACUCAGCCUUUGCCGUCGAAGACACAUUCACCCGCGCCCGAGCCCUAACCGCCGCCGAAGCGAACAGCGGCCUCUACAGCAUCUUCGAUAUCGUCCUACCUCUCCCUGGCUUCGACGUCCUAUACCCGCCAAACAAAAUGACGGACUUCUAUAAAGAGUUCAUGGGUAGCUCCCGCGGCGGCGGAUUGGAUCCCUUCAACAUGCGGAGAAAGUGGAAGGACGCGAGUUUAAGCGGGAGUUAUCGAAAAGUUCUUAGUCGGAUGGGCAGGGACUACUCUGUUGAUGUGGUGCUUUAUAGCAGGGAUGAGGAGCAGUUUGUCCGGACUGAUCUAGAGAAUUUGACCCUCAAGACGAGGGAUGGAGGGGAUGUGGAUUUGGAGAAGAAAGAGGGGAAGAGUGAAGGGGAUAAGCUUGCUGUUGUCCUCAAGUUCCAGCUUGGAUCGAGCCAGUAUGCAACCAUGGCGUUGAGAGAGUUGAUGAGGGGAAAGGUGAAGGCGUAUAAGCCAGACUUUGGAGGUGGGCGGUAG